GACCCCUACGGUUCUAGGUUCUAAACCCUACCGCCGGCGAGUUAGAAAAGGAAAAGGAGAAUCGAAAUGGAAAAUUUCAGUGAAAUUUCAAAAAUUCAGGGGUCAAGGCACCUGAAUUUGAAGAAAUCGUUCAAGCUCGGAUUACGUUCUCUCCUCACAGCUUGCUCCAAAGAGGAAUUCUGCAAAGCUUUUCCGAAGUUUACCGACCCCGAGAAAGACCGCCUCCAUCGCCUAUUCAUUGAGGUUAUUUCUUCUUUACAUGGAAAUAUAGAGGAUCAGGUCGAGUCAUUGUGUCUUGAAACACAGGCAGGAACCAUACUUGAUACUGUUGAGCAGCAUGUAGAAGAACAACAAUUGGACCUGUUAUUUGCUGAGAAGAGUAAUAUUGGAGCAAUUAGACCAUCUUUGUUAGAGGUAAAGAAGAAUGAGAUCCACUACUUGACAGGUAUUUUGGAGAAGGCAGAAGAGCAAAAUCGUCUCAUGAGUUCUCAUCUUGAUCUCCUAAAGAAAAAAAAGCAAGAUGUCUCAGGUGUUGCAGAUGUUGUUGACAAGUUGUGGAUGGAUAUUAGGAGCUAUGAGAUUGGCAACAAUACUGGCUCGUGAUCCUCACUAACUUCCGGUUUUAGUUUAUUGCAUAUGGCCUUUCAACUUCUGUGCAGUUCUCGACUUUGCUGAGCAUUGGAGUUGAUCUUUGUUGCAUAUACAUCUUCUUGGCAGGGUAUCAUAAACAAAUAGCUUAGGCUUGUUGAUAAGGUCCUGCUUAUUCCCUCUUCUGAGCUGCUAAUGAGGUUAGCAGAUCAGUACUGCAAAAUUCCGUCAAGCACCAACUGAUGGUUGAUUUUCUAUUAUGACCCUGAAUUCUCUUGGCUUUUAAGAUAGCAAUGGAAAGAUUAUUUUGCUAUUUGUUAAUA